AUGCUGACGGAGGCGCAGAGACGACAAGCACGCGAGCGCAGAGACUAUCUCUACCGCAAAGCUCUGCAGCUCAAAGAUGCCUCGAUUGCAGAACGGAGAGCGAAGCUAAAGCAGUCUCUGGCCUCGGGGAAGCCUCUGGAUCCGUCGAUUGCGAACGAUAGGCGGCUGAGGGAAGAUUUCAAGUACGACGAGUCCCUUCCGGUGGGAGAUCCAAAGGCGAAGGGAGCAGCAGAGGAGAUUGAUAUCGACGAUGAAUAUGCGGUCACUUCUGGCCUGGUUGAUCCUCGGCCGCUCGUUACGACGUCGCGAGACCCAUCCUCCCGUCUGAGUACGUUUGCGAAAGAGAUACGGCUGCUCAUGCCUACUUCCAUACGGCUGAAUCGAGGAACGUUAGUGCUUAAUGACCUGGUGGCCAGCGCAAGUGCUUCGGCACUCAGUGACAUGGUCAUUUUACAUGAACAUCGAGGCACACCCACUGCUAUAACGAUCUCGCAUCUGCCUCAUGGACCUACCGCCAGCUUUUCACUGCAUAAUGUUGUUCUCCGAGCUGAUAUACCGAAUGCCGCGAGGGGGACGGUCUCAGAAAGCUAUCCGCACCUAAUAUUCGAAGGAUUCACUACUAAAUUGGGUAAACGAGUUGUCCAGAUUCUGUCCCAUCUUUUUCCUCCCCGGGAGGCAGGGAAAGUCGGCAGUAGGGUGGUCACUUUCAAAAAUAUCGAGGACAGCAUCGAGGUACGACACCAUGUUUUUGUCAAGACAGGGUACCAGGACGUCGAGCUGGCCGAAGUUGGUCCCCGUAUGACCAUGCGACUUUUUGAGAUCAAGGGAGGCACCCUCGAGAAAGGUGCGGGAGGAGACGUUGAAUGGGCGCUGACACAGUACACCCGGACGAGCAAGAAGAAGGACUACUUAUGA